CGCACUUCCUGUAUCCAGUUCUCUAUAUACAGCGAUGCAAGAAGUGGAUGAAAAAAACAGGGGAAGAAGAAAAAAGAGAGGAAGAAGAACAAGAAAUCAGCAAGCGAGCGAAGGGUGGAGUGCUGACAUGCAGAGUCUGUCAGUGAAGGCACUUACUUUGAGGCAGCUGGGAAGGCUUCAGUCCUGCAAGCUGCUAUGGGCUGGAUAUGGACUGAGGCAGAACGUAUGGUGUCCCAGGACUUUACACACACGCCAGCUUUGGGGCUCCUCAGCUUUCCUCAUAUUGGGCUCUCACAGGCCUGCUGUUGGGGGCAGUAACUCUCUCAGGAGAUGGCCCCUCCAUCAGCUAAGAUUCAAGAGCAAUAAGAAGAAAGGAGCCGCCAAGCCAAUGCAGGAGGAAGGGGAUGAUGAGGACGAACGAGACCCUGAGGAGAGCGAUUACGAAGAUGAGCUUGGAGAUGACCCAAAUUCACCAAAGGACUAUAAAGAUGUGGAAAAAUUUGUGCAGUCUGUCCGAUAUGAUGUCAUCAUGAAAGCUGGCCUGGACAUGGCACGCAAUAAAAUUGAGGAUGCAUUCUACAGUGACAAACUUCGGCUCAAUGGACAGAGGCUCAUUAAGAAAAGCAAAUCGGUGAAAGUCGGGGACACCUUGGAUCUGGUACUUUCAGAGAACCACGAAAGGAAUACUGUGAUGCUGAUGAGGCUUAUCUUCAGAAAGGUCUUAGGGGAAUCCAAUGAUAAGGAGAAGUACAAAAUCGCCCUGAGGCGCUGGAAAAUUUUAGAGCUCCCCAAGCAGGAGGCCUUUAAACCAUGAAUAUGUAAAAAACGUUAUUGACUAUAACACUGCUUGGCUCGUUAGGGCAACAGUACCCUCACUGACAUACGUACACCGGGAGAUUACUAGCAUGUGGUUGAAUGAUCUUAAAACAACUUGCAUCAAACACUCUUGAUGGACAUUUAUGUGUAGGGGGCAGGAAGAGAUUAUUUUUCCUGUCUGGUCAUUGGCACAGAUUUUUACAAGGCAAUUGUGAAUCAUAUUUGUGGGAUUUGGUACUUAAUAAAGAUGCCAGGAGGGGCAUGAAAUAUGAGAAUUUGGGUAUCCUGUCUACACUGGUUAUGGAGUUGUACACUGCCUGUCAAACGUUUGGGGACACCUUAUUUUUCUUUAAAUUUUCCGAGUAAUGACAAAUUUUCUUUGUGAACUAAUGACACUUCAAUGAACAUGAAGCUGAGUGUUGCAUAAACAUACCCAAAGUAUUAGUAAAUUGCUGUUUUAUGUUAUGUUCUUAUUCAAUUGAAAAGUAACAUAAUACAUAGAAAAUUAAAAAAGGUGAGACGUUCCCAAAGUUUUGAUGGGUGGUGUACAUGCUAGAAAUUUUAAUUCAACUUCUGAUUCAAGUCUCAUAGUAGCCCAUUUUCUUUUUAGUCCCUGGUACACUAGUUAAUGGAGGACAAACUAGAGGUUAUAUUGAUAGUGUGCUAAAGACAUGUUGGCUGUUAUUUUGUGGUGAGACCUCAUCAAAGGUUAUCAAUAAAAGUGUAAGCUCUGACUCCUCUAGGCCUGUAGUAAAGGAGUAUAUGCAUAAGCAGAAUGAAAGUCUGACGAUCAUCCCCACUUUCUGAAACAGUUCUGAAAUAGUCUGAUAACUUAUUGAUGUAUUCUUUGGAAUGCAUUGAAAGAAAUCUUGUUAGGAUCACUUUGUAGAACCCUGGAACCAACAUUUGAUAAAAAAAAAUAGUUUUUUUUAUGGUAUAAAUGGAAAGCAAUAAAAUGUUGUCUUGA